AUGUACCGGACAGGCAGGAGAAGAGGCGUCGCCUCAAAUCCUCAGCUCUCCGCUCCGACCUUAAUUUGGUUGUCAGCAUGCCAGCCUCAAAUAGGAAGGCAUUAUGGCUUACCCCACGACGUCGGCUCUCGACGUCUCCAUCUCCCUCGAACUUUGGAGUCGUAUCUCGUCGUAUUCUUGCUGUCGGCCUGUCGCUGGCGGACCAGAAUGGCGGCCUUGAACUGA